CACUAUACAGGAAGUAGCUAGCUGCAUAACUGCAUUAGCUUGUCUGUCGGGUUGUUUAUUUAUAGCUGCUCAUAUCUGAAUAUACAUUUUGUGUUAGCUUCUGGACCGAAUGGCAUUGACUGCGUUUAAUGUGCAAUUUGUUUACCUCGCUGCAUGCAGUUGAAUCGAAAAAUUAUGAGAGGGAGAGUGUGUGUGGUGGUGUGAUCCUGUGUGUCUUCUCUGUGCCAUGGAGAAGCCGUGGAGGCUGUGGGGCUCGGUGGAGCGCUGUGCCCUGGCCUUGGCCUCCUGGUCCUGGGGUGCCUGUCGCAUCUCCCUCCUGGCCCUCAUCCUCACCUUCCACCUCUAUGGAGGCUUCUUCCUCCUGGCUCUCAUCCUGGCCUCGGUGGCUGGCAUUCUUUACAAGUUCCAGGACGUGCUGCUCUACUUCCCCGACCAGCCCUCCUCCUCCCGUCUAUACGUGCCCUUGCCCAUAGGCAUCCCCCAUGAGAAUGUCUACAUCCACACCAAGGACGGCGUGCGCCUCAAUCUUAUCUUGCUCCGCUACACCGGUGGAGACAGCCUGGGCAAACCCGGGGUCGCCCCCGGCAAUGCAUCUAACCCCUGCUCCACGGCCCCACCCACCAUCCUCUAUUUCCACGGCAAUGCGGGCAACAUCGGGCACCGGGUGCCCAACGCACUCCUGAUGCUGGUGAACCUGAAGGCCAACGUGGUGCUGGUGGACUACCGGGGGUAUGGGAAGAGUGAAGGUGAGCCAAGUGAGGAUGGCCUGUACCUGGACGCACAGGCCACUCUGGACUAUGUGAUGACCCGGCCCGACCUAGACAAGACCAAGGUGAUGCUGUUCGGCCGCUCUCUGGGGGGGGCGGUGGCGGUACGCCUGGCCUCGGCCAACCCUCACCGCGUGGCGGCCAUCGUGGUAGAGAACACCUUCCUCAGCAUCCCCCACAUGGCCGCCACACUCUUCUCCUUCUUGCCAAUGAGGCUACUGCCCCUAUUGUGCUACCGGAACCAGUUCUUGUCCUACAGACAGGUGGCGCUGUGCCGGAUGCCCUCGCUGUUCGUGUCAGGCCUGUCAGACCAGCUCAUCCCACCCGUCAUGAUGAAGCAGCUGUACGAGCUGUCGCCGGCGCGGACUAAACGGCUGGCCAUCUUCCCAGAGGGCACGCACAACGACACGUGGCAGUGCCAGGGCUACUUCGCCGCCCUCGAGCAGUUUGUCAAGGACCUGAUGAAGAGCCACGCCCACGAGGAGAGCGUCCAGUCCACUGCCAGCGUCACCAUCAUCUAGUCUAGUGGGGACGGAGGAAGACUGUGUCUGGUCUAGAGAUAACCCUGCAUUCCAUACUCCCUAGGCAGUUGUGUAGAUCGGAAAUGAUUGAAUAAGUCUAAUAAGCAAAAUGGAAAAGCUAGGGCAAGGUGCAGCCAACCACUACCUUAUUGCUUAUACCUGUCCAGUUCUUUAUGAUCUACUUUAAGUACCUAUGGUGGGUUAUGGGUUGUUCCUGGACCAGGUCAUGGAGUUGGUGUGAUAGUAGGAUACAGGAGAGUGGGUAUUGACUCCAUUUGAAUGAACAGGAGUAACUAAACUGGGCUCAACUACUAGGGUCAGGUUGGAGAGAAUGUACAUUUCUAUGUUUUUUGGGGGGUUUGGUUUUUAUCAUCUUAUUCCGUUGGUGUAAUUGUACCAGAUCAAACAAUUGGGGAGUAUUUUUGGAGGGGGACAGUGUUUGAUGUGGGGGGAUGAUUAACAUGGAAAUGCUUUUGUGUUUGAACUAUGAAUGCAUGGGUGAAUAUGUACUUGUUAUGGCCUUCUUUGAAUGGCUUACACACACACCAUACACACAACCAUGUUCAUACUGUCAGACACAACACAACCACAGUUUUUGCAAAGAACAUAACAGAAUUUCAGUAAAUCAAUAAAAAUGUUUGAUUAGCGUAAUAGCAUUUCAGUAACUCAAUAAGAAAUGUUUGACAAAUAUGAUAGCUUUUCACUAAUUCAAUAAAAGUUGUGCCUGUUGUAAGGACGUAAGACCCAAGAUAUUGGCAUUUUUUAAAAUUAUAUAAUCUAUGCUAUUUCAGGACACGCUGUUUAAAGUUAAAUGUGUGAGUAUCUUAAAGGCUUCAUAAUAUAAAAUCAUGUUCAUAUCAGCUGGUAGAUUACCAUAUGGGCUGUACCAUAUUGGUUCUCUGUAGACUGUGUGGCACAUUGAAAAGCUGCAUGCACAAACUGCAAGUUUCACUCCCAAACUGUUUUGUUAUAAAUUCCCAGAUUAUAUUCCUUUUUUGCAAAGGUCCCGUUCUUAUGUUCUCUGACAAUAAAUAUAAACUCAGAUGUGGCCGGAA